AUGACCAUGGCGUGGGCAGAGGCUGCGGACCGUGCGACGGCCGACCCGUCGUGUGUGCCGGAGCUGUAUGCGUUUCUGGAGCAGGACGAGGCGCUGCUUGGCGACCGCAUGGACCCGCCGUGGAAGAGCGCGCGGCCGCUCGCAAAAUGGAUGUGCCUCGCCGCCCAGCUGCGUGCCGCGCAGAGCGCCGCCGAGGUGCAGGCGCUCGAGGCGGGACACGAGGACGUGAUGCAAAGCAUUGGUGCGAUUCCCUACGUGCCGCUGCUGGUGGCGCAAUGGGCCGACGCCAUGUCGGACAAAGGGCGGCUCGUCUCGCCGACAUACGCCACGCGGUGGCUCGAGGGCGUGUACGAGAGCCUUGCGCCGUACCGCGGGCUCUCGAGUGUGCAUGCGCCGCUCCUCUAUCAAUACCUCCUCGCCAAGGACGAGAAAAGCGCCGCGCUCGUGCAGCGCACGGACCUGGGCGCGACCGACUUUGCAAGGGUCGGCCGCUACCUUGAUAUCCUCGCGUACCUCUACUAUGCCGGCCUCGUAUACACGCUGCAGCAAGCGUACGAAAAAGCAGAGGACGUGUGGCAGACGUGCAUUGCGCUCCCGUCCGAAAGUGUGAGCCAUAUCCAGCUCGAUGCGUUCAAGAAGCUGAUCCUCGUGCGCCUGCUCGCCGGCCACAAUGUCGAGGGCGAGGCGCUCCUUAAGCACACGAGUGUCAAUGUCCGGUCGCAGUACCUGCGCCAGGCCGGCGCGUACCUCGCGCUCGCGCACAACUACCGCCGCAUGCGCAGUGGCUCGCGCGACCUGCACACACUCCUUGCGGCACACGCCGAGCAGUUUGCGGCGGAUGCGAAUACCGGGCUCGUGCAGCAGUGCGUCGCCGCGCAGCCCCAGCGGCUCGUCGAGGCGCUCGCACGUAUCUACUCGACGCUUCCUCUCGACGCUGUCGCCGCGUACCUCGCGUGCACGCCGGACGAGGCGCGGAGCGCGCUUGCGUCGACGCCGCGCGUCGAUGUGUCCUAUGCUAAUGGCCCCCAAGUCGGCGCCUUUCCGCUGCCCGACGGCGUCGCGUGCACGCUCGCUGAGCGCGAUAGCGCGCCGUACGUCGCCCUCGCGCUGCGCCCCGCCCCCACUCCUAUGCUCCCCGCUGAGCACGACGGACGCGCGGCGCUCGCGGCGCUCGUACGCGCCGCGCACCUCGCGCCGAGCCACCUCGCGAAGCUCGCGGCGCUGCACGGUGCGCCACGUGGCGACGCACAGACCUCGUAG